AUGGCAACCAAACUCCAGGAUCCUGCACCUUGCCAUUCUACUAGGGUUGCCGCAAAAGGGCUUAUGCCCCAGGAUACUACUCUUCACUCAACAUUAUUAGCUUUUACACGCUAUGGCUUGCCCACAAUUCCGAAUAUUUACAAGGUUGAUGCCCUGCAAUCAACAUGUGGCCCCAGUGCUUUCAAUCGGACUCUGUCGCAGGAGAAGCAACUGAAAUUUAUUCAUUAUCAAUUCAAUUUGGUAGAGCAAAUUGUUGAUGACGGCAAGAAGCUCCUUGACAAAGUUAUAUUCAAUGAAAACAUUCAAUCUCACAAGACCUUCUCUGAUUACUUCAAUCCAGACAUCUUUGUUGUUCGUUUGCCCAAAAGGAUAAACAGUGAAUUGGAUACACGACAUUGGGUUAUAGAUGGACAAUUGUUCCCGCUGCUGGCCUUGCCAAUGCAGUCAAUGCAGGAAGGAUUUUGGAACAAUCUGACCAACAUCAUGGUCCAUACCUCGCUUCACAAUCCCGAACCAGCUUUGGUCAUAGAGAUCAAAACACAUGGUGCCUUGAGCUUAUGUGAUAUCAACGAGGUAUCUAAGCAGGCAGCAUUCAGCAAACUGGAUCUAGCCACCCAGGAGGCAUUCAGCAGUAACGCAUGGAAACCAUCUAGACCAUUGUCGAUACCCUUUAUUUGGCCUUUGGAAAAGCAAGAUUUGUCCUGUCUGAAAACAGACGGAAAAUUACUGACCCAACUUAUAUGUUUCAAAUUCUGGCAUUUCAGUGGACGUGUUGGCACGCGCAUUGUUGAACACGAAAAGCAAAAAGCACGUGACCGCACAGACGCGUCAAUGGCUUCUUCAUCGUCCUCAUCGUCCUCAACGGCUUCGGCGACGAUAUCAACGACGCCUUCACUGACACUGACGACCCUUUUAUCGACACUACACACGCAUCUUAAUGUACAGACUCGGCUACUCCCAACUUUACAUGUCCAACUUGGUCUGCCACCAACAGCUCUGGAGGACGAGCUGCAAACUUUACAGCACACCCUCACGCGAGCCGUCGAAUCCCAAAUUGAAAUACGCAGAAAGCAGGUGGAUGAAUGGUAUGCAAAGUGUGAUGGCGUAGAGAGCGAAUGCAUGCGCUACUCGAGAGCCCUGGGUACAAAUGCUCAGGUCGCAGGAUCAGUUGCAGCACUUGGUGACCUAAAAGGAGAGAAAGUUCUGCCAAAUAGAUAUCAACGUGCCAUGGAAUACCAGGAGAAACUGAGACAGAUGUAUCAUACGAAACUAGAGCAACUCACAACCCUUACAAACCGUCUCAAUUCUCUAUCGCGUAUCUUGGGCGCCAACUGUUUCCAGCUCGAUAUCUUACAGCCGGUAAUUGCAUCAGGCGAAGAUAUUGAUAACCCGCAUGCCUACCGCGAUGUAACCCCCGAUCGCUUCUCUAAGCUCGAGAAAGAGCUUGUGAGGGGAAAGGGCGAAGUAACUAAACGACUCAAUCAGCUUGCAGAGAUCUUCGUUCAUAUCGACUGGCUUUAUACAGAAUUGGGCGUCGACCCUCCCACCUAUGAUGAUAAUCCCUCUUGCUCGUCCUCGCUUGCUAUUCCUUCAUAUCUUUUACCGCGAUCAUCUUCUUCCUGUAGUACGCAUUCGAACAACAUUUCAAAUGCUAACUCCGAUCCCUUUCUCUCCUCAGCCGGGACAUCCACACCAACGCCCAGCUCUCGUGUGAACCCUGAUGUGCCUCUGCUUUCCUUUGCCUCUUCAUCCCCUCCACAUAUAUCCUCAACUCCAGAUUUGCCUGCAGAUGAAUCUCGCGACUAUUACAUCAUUUUCAGCCGAUUCGUAACUCUACUCGACUCUUCGUCCUCCCAGGAAGCUUCUCCAGCCGCUCUGCUAACUUCCAUGGGUGUCGAACCCACACAAAGCAUGCUUUCGUGGACAGAUAAACUAUGCUUGGAGCUAGGGGAACUGAAGAAACGGCGAGAGUCCCAUAUUCAAGCGAUGUAUGAUCAGUUAGAAGGCUUGUGGAAGAGAAUGGGUGCAGAAGAAGAUGCGAUGGAUGGAUUUGUUGAGGCAAACCGAGGCACUACCCAAUUAGUUGUACAAGCGUAUGAAGAGGAACUUGAACGCAUGCUGGAAUUGAAGCGAGAACGGAUGGGCGAAUUUAUAGGAAAUGCAAGGACAGAGAUCGAGUCCUUGUGGGAGGAGCUCAUGGUUGGCGACGAAGAAAGAGAGGAAUUUGCCGCAUUUGCAGAUGACGAACAUACCGAAGAUCUACUCAGCCAACAUGAGCACGAAAUCGCAAAGCUGAAGGCGGAGGUGAAGUUGAAGUCGCCUUUGCUGGCAUCUAUUAGGAAAUAUUUUGAUAUUUGCAAUGAGGAGAAAGAACUGGAGCGGGCUGCUUCUGAUCAAACGCGUUUACUAGGAAGAGCAGGCGGUAGAGAUCCGGGAAGACUCUUGAGAGAAGAGAAGAUGAGAAGACGCGUUGGAAAGGAAAAGCCUAAGCUCGAGCAGCAGUUACUUACCGCUCUUCCCUCUUGGGAGAAAACGCAUGAUCGACCUUUCCUCGUGCACGGAGAAAGCAUAUUGCAGACUUUGAUGGAAGCUGUAUCUGCAGGCGACCAGGAGAACAAGAAGAAAGGUCCAGCAUCUCAAUAUUCUGCACAAGCUCUCAAGAGCACACAGGGCCUCAAACCCAGCCAUAAUGGUAACAAUAUCAACCCACAAUCUGGCACGGUCAGAAGUAGCUAUGCGAGCUACGUCCCGGGGAAGAGUGGUACGAACCACAGCUCCUCAGGGAUAGUAACCCCCGCUGUGAGACCUGGCUCCUCCCUAUCUGUCGCUCAUGGGGUUGCGUAUAGUAAUAAACGACAGAAAAUGACCGAACAUGCACGAAUCUCCUCGCCAACUAAGGGACGAACACCGAGUGGGGGAUCUGGAUUGCCUCGGCCUGUUACUCAGCCCGCACCCCCUCUACCUCCCGGGACCAAGCAAGUCUAUGCCUCACUGGGAUGGGGACGUCCUCCUGCUGUCAUGCAGCGAGCGACAUCCCAAAAUAGUGUAUCAGGUUAUGGUACUAGCACAAAUUUUGGUUCAAGUGGCAAUCUAGGAUCCAGUGUCACUGGGAGGACUGCGUCGGGUGCGUCACAAAGAGAUUCUACUGCACGUAAAGCAAGCCGUAUAAGAAGAGAGAGCUUUAAGCCUAGGCCUAGUCAAGAUGGGAUGGCAGCUGGAAUAGGAGGGGGAUGGAGAGCGGGCUUUGGAGGGAUUAGUCUUCCAGAGGAAGAGGGAUGCUGA